AUGGCAACAGGCUCCCCCAGUGGCGGCGCGGGUGCCCAUCAGAGCGUGCAGGUGGCGCCCUUUGGGAGAGGGGCCCGGCGGGAAGUAGGGGGCCGGGGCGGCGCUGCCGCGGGGUGGCCUCCCCACUUCCGAUCUCCUCCUCCCUGGGCCGCCGUUCCCGCCCGCCCUGUGCCCUACGCCUACCUGAGAGUCACGGCCCGCGCGCGACCACCGCCCACCACAGGGUCACCUCUGCGCGGCUGGGCGGCCCUGCUUUUCGUUGCACCCAGACUCGUCCCUGCUUCCAGGCCCCGCCCGACGCACUUCCCGGGCACCCGGGAUGUCCCCGCAAAUACCCUCGGUCUGGCGCCGCGUCCCCGGAAAUGCAGGGCAGCCGCCAAGCCCCGCCCCUGCCCAUGUUGA